CUGUGCUUGUGUGGGGCCACCACUACUUGAAUGAUAGACUCUGAAAUAGCAAAAGAAUUAUUUUACAAGCUGCAUAUGGCACAUCGUGGUAGGGUUUAGUCUUGCUUGUAUUUUGACAAUGCAUACUUGAAAUCUAUAAGGUGUUCUGCUCUACUAGUUGGAACAAUAGUAUUGUGUAAAUAGGAGAAGUGGCUUGGAGGGCAGUUUUGUAGAAAAUCCAUUUGAUUUUAGGUUGCUUGGGAGUUGUGCCCAGCAAGGGGAUGGACCACCCAGCGAGAGUGGAAGUGGGAUUUCUGAUACUACUUCAGUGCUUCCUUUGAUAAACGAGGUGUUCCUCAAGCACAUGGAAGAUCUUCCUAAUAUGGUUUUCUUUGAUAUAGAGACAACUGGUUUAGAUUUAGAUUGUGAUAUUGUACAGCUUUCUGCUGCAGUCGGGGAUCAAACCUUUAAUCAGUAUGUUUUGCCAAGUAAACCGAUAAUGCAACAGGCUGCUGAAGUAACUGGUUUAACUUUAAAAGAUGGUGUAUUGCAUUUGAAAGGAAAGAAAAUAGAAAGUGUUGGGGCAAAAGAUGCAUUCCAGCAUUUUGUGAAUUGGUUAAAGCCUUUUGCUCCAUUAGUAUUGGUAGCACAUAAUUGUUACAAUUUUGAUUCUAAGAGGUUGAUUAAUUCAAUGGAAAAGCAUGGUGUUGAACCUGCCUUGCAUGAGGUUGUCACUGGAUUUCUGGACACCUUGCCUCUCUUCAGACAUGUUCUCCCCAAUCUGACGAACCACAAACAGGAAACUAUUGUUCGUGCUGUGCUUCAUGAAACCUACAGUGCACACGAUGCACUUCAGGAUGUAAAAUCACUUCAGAGAGUUGUAAAUAUCUUAAAUUUACCAGCUGGUACUUUGAAGACUUUCUCUUUUACUUACGAGUCUUUAAAGGAGAAGAUGGAGUACAGUAGAGAAGCAAAAUUGAAAUCCAAAAGCCUAAAACCUCUGAUUGGCUCAAACUACAUAUCUGAGAAUAUAGCAGACAAACUAGGUAAAGCAGGUGUUGAUUUUGAGCUUCUAAAGUCCUUUUAUUUGAGAGGAGGAAGAGAGUUCUUAACUGAAGUAUUCACUGAGCCAAAGGGACCAGACCAACCUCAAGCCAGACUGCGUGCAAGUACUAUUAAUAGUAUCUGUGAAUAUUUUUCAAUAGUGUAUGCAGAAGGUGCUCAUGCAGGUGUGGGGUCUUAGUGAAAGAAUCGGUUGCAUGAAAAUGGUGUAUUUUCAUUUUUACAUUUAUCUUCCCUCACACGUACACAGGCCAUGUACAGAAAUCUAACAUGUUCCUAUCAUAUAUACAUAAUUUUGAGCUUUAAACCUUGUAUUUUCUUGGUAGUGGAGGAUGCAAGUUAUUCUUAAGUUCUGCAUUAUGCAAGUGGAGCAAUUGUGCACUUUUUAAAUGUUGGAUGAAUAUCCAAGUUUAAAGGUUAGCAUCAGGGCAGUAUGUUGCAACCUUUUAGCUAAUUGCUCCAUUUAGCACUUCAGUUUGAACUGUAAUUGAUUUUCUGUAUUUGCACUCUUGUUUUUUAUACUGCUCUUGUUUAAAAGUGAAAUAGUCUUUAGUUUUGUACAUAAUUACUUCACCACUGUAGGAUUUGAGAUUUGUACAAAUAUAUGCAUUUGUACAGGUAGUAGUUUCUUUUAACUACCCUGGUUUAUGUAGAUUUGAUGUUCUUUUGGUUAAUAUUUCUUUGCCUUUUUAUGAUUAUAGAGUAAGUUUUCAGAUCAAUUGGAUUAUUAUGUAAAUCUGAAAGAAUUCCUGUUAGUUUCGUUUUCUGGGAAGGGUUUACAAAUCUGAGUAAUAUUGGGACAUCCGACCAUUUUGAUAGUAAACAUGUAAAUGCACUGGACUUGACUGCAAGGUGUCUGUUUUGCUGGUGUGUAUUACAUAUAAAUGAACUGGUUUAUAUAUUCUGACAUAUUCAGACAAACCAACUUUAUUGAAACUAGUGAGUAUUUACUUUUACUUGUGGCAUUUGUUUCUUGAUAUUUUUUCCACUCAUUGCCCAUUUGUUAAA